GCAUACGUGUUUUCCUCAUGAGGUGAAGUGCACUUUGCGUUUCCUCUCACGUCUGGCAAUGGACCCAAAGCUUCGCAGGGUUUUCCCUUGUGUUUGAGCGAUUUUUAAAAAAAGUCAGAUUUCUUAACUGUUGUUAUCUUCACCCUCAUCCUCCUCCUCCUCCUCCUCCUCAUCAGAGCCAGAGAGAAGAAAGAUGGGCUGCUGCUCGGCACGAUGCAUGCUGAUCCUCCUGUGCUGUGUGCAGUUGAUCACAGCGCUGGAGCGGCAGGUGUUUGACUUCCUCGGCUACCAAUGGGCUCCCAUCAUGAUCAACUUCUUCCACAUCAUCAUGGUCAUCCUCGGCCUGUUUGGGGUCAUCCAGUACAGAACACGUUAUGUUGUUAUGUACCUGCUGUGGACGAUGUUGUGGGUCGGCUGGAAUGUCUUCGUGAGCUGUCUCUACCUGGAUCUGGGAGGGCUUUCAAAGGAGAGCGACAUACUCACCCUGGGAGUAUCUUCACAUCGCUCAUGGUGGAGGGACAACGGGCCGGGCUGUGAGAGCGAGGGUCUUCCCUCCGCUGGGUGGCAGAACCAGCAGAACCCGGAGCUGAGCACCGUGCUGAGCUGCUGGUUAGAGUACCAAUACAUCGAAAUCCUGCACUGCAUCGUCCAGCUCCUCGUUUCUCUCCUGGGCUUCGUUUACGCCUGCUAUAUCGUCAGCACUUCCUCAGAUGAAGAAGACAGCUUUAAUUUCAUUGGUGAAUUUCAUCAUCCAUCCAAACCCUCUCAGUUGUUCUUCUAGUGUGAAGAACUGCAGAUUAUAAGUAACGACAAAGGUAAAGCAGUUGAGGACACUUGGAGAAGGAGCCCUGCAGAAGCGGAGACGGCUUUUUGUCUUGAGGACUGUCAUUGUUUGGCUGCUUUGGUCUGGGUUGUCAGUAAAACAUCAGUCCCCAGAUGUUGAACUACACUGUGCACACACUGUACGCAACGGCACGAGUCGAGAAGGGAGUUUUCCAGAUUAUCACUGUGUUGAAAGUGUAGGCUAUGCCUUAUACAUAAUAGCCUACCAGUUUUUUAAGCAUUGCAUACUAAAAAUCUACCUCUCUGUGUUUGUCUGUGAGUUUGUAUACACUUGUUUAUGUAAGAGAUAAGUAACCACUACAUAAUAAGCACUGGAGUACGAAAAGGAAGUGAUAGAAAGUAGGAACUUUUUAUGUUUUGUAAAAUGUAUAAAUUAUUGAAAUAUUGUAAUUUCAAUUAGAAAAUGUAACCAUCCCAACUGGUGUAAA